AUGACUUCUUUAUCUAAAAUUGUUGAUCUGAAAGAAAAGAUACUGAUAGAAGAAUUUGGCCUCGAACCACGUAUUCGUUACAAUCCAAGCGAAAGCGACAAUUUGUUGCACCUUUCUCCGAUUGUCCUCCUAGAUGACAAGGAGUUGAGAGAAGGUGGAUUCCAAGAUAGAGGUGCUAAAGACGUUCUGAGUCGAGUAGCGAAACAUAUAUGCGACUCUGAAGAUCCUUCUUUUUUUCAAGUGCCCGAGAUAAUCGACCUCCAAAUGGGAUACGCGAAAAGAUCCGCGAACAAAUCGAGUAGAAUGGCCAUCGAUGAAGAAGAAUCCAAAGUCUGGAUGACAUACAUGAAUGUGUCGAGGUUAAAUCAAGAUCAAUCGCCAAAUCCCAAUUCCGACGGUGAGGAGCCACAGGAUUUAGGUUUAUCAGAUGAAGAAGAAAUGGAUAUUACUCCUCCAACAGCGGAGGAUACGCAGGAUGUAAAUGAAGAGGAUGUAGUCAGCCCGCUCAAGAGCGGACUGAAAUUUCCCAUCAAAGGUUCGCUCAUUCUUCUCUUCUCGAUACUGCUAAUUUUCUUCGAUAAGAAGAAAAAGAAGAAAAAAACAGCAAGCUCGAAUGAUGAAGAACCAAAAAUUGGUCCGAACAAAGUGUCCGAUUUCUUGCUAUUUUGGAUCAUCCCUUAUCUACUCAACUAUACACAUCGUAAAGUACGAGAGAUCACCCAGUACCACGAAAAACGUGAUAAACCUGGCUUUCCACCAGUGAGCAAAAACUCAACUUUAGAUGUCAUUGAGCAUGCGAUGUCGUCUUGUAGCGUUUCAGAGGAACUUAAAGCAUCUAUUAUGGGAAAAUACAAAGAUUUUUAUGGCUCAGAAGCACUGGAAUACAAAUACGACUUAUUGGAAAGUCCAGAAGGGACACCUGUUAUCCUGGUCCCAAAGGAUUACAAGGUCACCCAAAUGCCAUUAAAACUUGAUGAUAUUGGGACUAAUUGGCGACAGCUAGGUAAUACAAACCUCCUUCAGUUGUUUCUUAGCAAGUUCAUCAAAAGCAGGAAAAUCCAACAAGAUUUCUUUGACUCGUUGGAACAUGCGAAAAACCGGCAGGGUAUCGACUAUUCCAUCAUACUUCCCGAUGAGAUAACAUUUGAUAAAUUUAAAGAUUCUCUUGAAAGGGAAAGUCGCGAUUAUUUGAUUACUCCGAAAGGAGGGCGCAAUCUGAUCAUGCCCAGACUUGGUUUAGUUACUUCCACGGAGAAGCAUUUAAGGGUUUGCUUUACCUAUUUCCAGGGUAAGCUUGCAAAUACGCAUGUUUCUUGUAUGUUGAAUCUUCAAUUUUUUUUGUACACAUAUUUUCAUUACGUUGUCGGUCAACAACUCUUUUAUAACAACUUUAUUGGGUACGUCUACGAAUAGAUGGACGCCAAUUGGGUUAGUGCAGCGGGACAUGGAGUCCCAUACGGGGCACUACCCCUCUUAAAUCCACCCAACCCAACCCAGGGGAGGACAUCCAUCACACAGUAAUCUCGUGCGUGGGAAAUUAACGUCUCCUACCCCAAACCCUGCAGGAGACAGGACCUCCGGCUUAACGUCUUAUCCGAGAAGACGAAGCAAGGUGAGUGAAGCGGCUUGCUUAAGGCCACAACGUAGUGCCCCGGCCAGGACUCGAACCCGGGCCGUCCGACCCAGAGUCCAGCGCUCAGACCACUGGACCACUCACGCCUCACCUUUAAUUGACUCUUGACUCAUUAAUUCCUAUGAGUGACCAAGACAGAAUUUCUCCUUACAAUAUUGAUACAACACAACCAGAUAAGUAAUGAGAAUAAAGAAAUAUACAAAUUAGAGAAUAAUUAGUUGAUCCAGUGCUAAAUUCUCUGAACUAACAUCAUAAGAAUUGUAUGGUUGACAGUAAGGAGAAUUACAAAUUUGAUCUAAGAGUUGAAGGGUUAAGAUGACUUCUGCUCAGGUUGAUGAUCAGAUCACACUAUCAAAUUCCCAUGGGUUCAACCCAUUUACUGUAUUAUGCUGAAUACCUUCUUGCAGACAUUGGCCUACUACAAAAUACAAGUCUCAGUCAAUGGAAUUCAAUCUUAGGCCAUCACACUGAGACUAAUAUUUUUUUUAAGCAUAAAGGUCAAUCAUUUAAAGUGUUGAUUUUGAGAUAGCAAACUGCUGCUUUAGUUAAGAACCUAAUAUGAAAUUAAUUAUCUAUCUAGAUAUCAUUUGAAUUUGCUCUAAACUAUUUUGAACUGUGAAAGUGCAUAGCCACUAUUAGUGACAAUUGCACAUGUUUGAAUGCUGACCACAGACUGGUAACAUGGAUUCUCUACACAAAUACUCAGAAAAAAGGAAUAUCCAGUAUACAUAGCUACAAUAACUUCAUCUUUUCAUGAUGUCCCCUGUCUCUGGAAAGGCGAUAUCCACAGCCUCACAUUCAGUGGCUGUGCUAUCAAAAAUCUCUCUCUUUGGCAGACAAUCAACUUGAAAGCUUUGCAAAUAAGUAAAAUGUACCAUUUAAGUAUGCAGUAUGGGUUGUGUGAAUUUUUUUUUACAAUUUUUUCUUUCUUAUUGCUUUUAGGAAGUGCUGGAAAAAAAGUGGCUGCUUUGUUCAGGGCCACUGGGGCCCAUUACCUGGAUCACUUGUCCUUAAUUAUUUUGCAUGGUUUGAGCCUUAACAGCAGUGACUCAGACUGCACCAUUGGAAGUCUUUAUCCUGUAAGCAUUGCCAGAAAGGUGACUUUCAGGGGCAACAGUGUUCAGUUGGUGAAGAAAAAAAAGAAAUCUGACAGUAAGAACACAGGAAAAAAGGAUUUCUCAGCCAGUCAGGGUAAAUUUUGUAGAGCAGAGUUUCCUGAAACUUACAAGUUAUGGGAGAGGACAAUUAGAGAAGAUACUGUAGUGGAUAAUCUGAUCUCACGAGCAAAAGCCAGGUUAGGAUUUGACCCCCAUUUUGAACGUAAUGCACCUCUUCAUGUUGCUUACGCCAGUAAAUGCCAUAGUAAAAAGCUAAAGGAGGUGCCGUUUGGAGCUUCUUUGGAACCUGAUAAGGAUGCUCUAAGCAAAUACCAAAUAAGAGCUGUAAAUUUAGAUGGAUCUUUCCUUGGUAACAUUGUGAGAAGUGGACGCAAAGAGAACAUUGCAGUUGUUCUUGCCAUUAAAGAUGUCUGUGGGAAAGUAGGCUGUGGAUUUUCAAAUCUACCCCAGGCCAUUCAAUCCAUCAUAAUCAAUUUUGUAAGGGCAGUUGUUGUCGCUAACCUACCUAAAGGUAAGAGCCCGUAAUUUGUAUGGCCAUGUCUAAAAUGUUCCCAAUUUUUCUGAAAACUGGUAGCCACCAGUGUCUCAGAUAUAGUUAUACCUCAUAUUGAAUUCAGCAGAACCUGAGAGCCAAGCAAGUGAGGAUUAAUUCCCAGUGCAAUUAAUCAGGUUCCUCCACCAUCAAAAGUUAAGGUUUUGCAUAUCUUCAAUGAUCCCUUAUUGUCAACAGCACAAAAUCGCUCCUGAUCAGUCCAAUUUUUCUCUGACCAUUCUGCACCAUUAACAUUGUUCACAAUUUGCAUUCCCAAUAGUUGCCAAAAUUUGUAAUGGUUUGAAAGCACUGACAGAAAUUCUUCAUUUUCAGAAAUUUUCUGAAAUGAAAAUAAGUCAGUAGACAUUCAAAUAAGAAAAUGGAGUAAUGUCAUAAUACUCUGAGGAAAUUUAUUAAAUGGAGGUAGCUAAAUAUAACAAGUUAGAUGGUGAGAUUAGAGUGAAUGUUUGAAACUUUUGCAAUCAGGGAGUAAAAAAGAACAUUUUAGAGUGGUGGCUUGAUUCAUUUAGAUUUGACUAGUUUUUGCCAUGAUCAUUUUUUGGGUGCAUAGCCUUAUAAUUGUAUCAAAUUAUAAGGCUGUAAUGUUGUAAUGUUGUAGACUAACAUUUUUUUCAGCCAACAUUUAAAAAUGUAUUAUCACAAUGGUUUUAGAAGUGUUUUCUAAAUUGCUUCUUCUUAAUCUUCAUUUUGCUUGAUUUUGGAACAUCCUGUUAUCAAGAAAGUCCUUAACCUUAAACAGUGACAUUAUAAUUAAGUAACAUCAUUAUGAUGUUAAAUAUGAGAUGUCCAAUUAAAGUUGUUGACAGAUAUUUACAAACUUGCAGUCUACCCAUCAGAACCUGAUGAAGAAGACAGGAUUGUUAUUGAAAGUGGUUCAUCAGAGGAUGAGGAUGAAAGUUCUGAUGAUGAACCAUGUGCCUCUCGACAAAAUGUGGCUGGUUAGUAGAAUGCCUAUUUUCAUUGUUACAAUAAGUAGUACUAAUUAUAUAUUACCCUUCCCAUCCCCUGAGCUUUCUACACAGAGCCAUUUGCAACCCAUGGGUAGGUUAGUGGCUGGGCUGCAUGGGGGCUCUAGCCUUGAUGUCAAGGUUCCUUCAUUUUCAUUGGCCAAAGGUAGGCAUUGUCUGCCUUCAAGCCAUCAGGUUUUUACAGCCCUUCCUAUGCCUGCUGCUUUGGACUUUCAACCACCUUCCAACCACAGAGUGUUCAUCCACUAGCUGAGCUAUGGCAGGGCGUGGACCUGACUGUCAAUUUUGUAACAUACAUAGUAAGCUUUCUUCCUUUGUGAAAAGGGGUAGGGCAAAUGUCCCCAUUCAUCAAAGGACUGACCAUGGUAGGUGAAGAACUGUUGUGGUCCAAAGGGCUCAUGACAUUUUAAAACUCCCCAAAUAUCUCUCAGUACUUUGCAGCAAUUUUGACAUAUCCCUUGCAGUGUUUAUACCAAAUACUCCUAGAAACCAUUCUAUUUCCCGUAAUAUAUUUUUAGUCUUAGAAGAUGUAGUUUGAGUAAUUUUUUAUGAGGAAAAAAUAACUCUAUGCUAGUGUAUUGUGUGGCCACCUUUGGCUAACUAUGUAUCUCAAACCAAUCAGAUUGCCACAUUAAGGUAUGUAUCUUGCAUAAAUCAAAUCACAACAUUGGGCAAGAUUGCACCAAUCAGAAUGCUAGGGUAUUGUCCUUUGUGUCAAUCAUGUCAUGGAAUUAGCAUUGGGUGUUGCAAAGUGUUGCUAUGGAAUCAACCCAACACUGACACACAUUAAGAAUUUUAUCAUCAAAGAAUUGUGAGGUCAUCUAUCCAGCCAAAUAAUUCAUUUGCUUGGUUUGGAACUCGUUGCUAUGAUCUGUCUUGGAUAACAAAAGUUGGGCAGGGAAUUUUCCUACCAUAUAAAAGUCGAAGUGUGUUUUGUGCAGUCCUUCACUUACAACAGUCACGCAGUCAGCAAAAGGCAAGCUAACACAAAAUUAUUACUGGAGCAUUUGUUUUGGAAGGACUAGUAUUGCUGACUCUGGAAUUUUUCCUUUUUUCAAUGGAAAUAACCAGGGGACAAAUAUUGAGGUAAACAGGGGUUAUUGCAUAAUAUCUGGUCAGUGAUUUUGCACAACGUGACAUAAAUUAGCUAAUAGAAUUGCGCAAAAAUUAUUAGGUGGGUUAUAACUCGACCCUUAUAGAUUGUGUUAGUAAAUGCAACUAGCAUUGCUCAAUUUUAUCCCCAAUUAUGCUCAAAAUUAUGCUCUUGUUUAAAAACUAAGCUACUUUUUCUUGUAAUUUGCUUAAAAAAAAGCACAAAAACAAGUAAAAAUUGUAAAGUUGUUUAUAAGUCUGGUAUCUUCUUUAUUUUAAUUUAUUUACUUGUUCUGAUCAAACACAAUUAAUUACUGCACUGAAUAACUGCUUCGAUGCCGUUUUGUUGCCUGUAAAAGCGGGAACUGGCACCGACGCAAUGUGUCCAGACCUCCAAACGGCGAACGACUCGGUGUUGCGGUAACCUUCCCCCAAAACAUUACAAAAUUACGAAUAGACGGAGCCAUGGACCAAACAAGUCAUAACCCUGGUAGUUUUCCCUUCAAAAAACUAAAAAUAGGCGUACUGUUGUGGCAGUGUAACUCUUAUAAAAGGAGCAAAUAUUAUGCUCGUUUUUCCAAAUGAUGCUAAAAAUUAUCCAAGUACAAUCGUGAAUUACCUCCCACCGACGCAGCUCUAAAUUUUCCUUCAAACUUAUCACCUUUAAGCAAUUUCUAGGCCUGUUUGGCACUCUGGACGCUUUAUAUAUUUUCUCAUAUAAGAAAAUUGUAAAGAAGGGGUAUGAUGAAUUUAAGAACGCGAUUCUCUGAACCUCUUCUUGAACUUCCGGCACCCCAUAUCGCACUUCCGCUUCCCUUCUAAUUUCGCUAGUUUCCAGCCCGUGGAUGGUUUCGCGGUGUGUGGCAAAAUGGCGGACAGCAUCUGUGGCGAUCAAAUAGAAGAAAGGUAAGGAAAGCUCGUUAUCUUGUCAUCCAACGCUAUUUUUACACGUACUACGAGAUGAAUCUCAUACAUUUUUUUAUCUUCUUAAGAAAAUUCUAAGUUUUCUGUGUUGUGCUGGGUUUGAAUUUAGUAAAAUCGAUUCUACAAGUGUUGAUAGUGUUCUGACACACUAGUACUAUUCAGUGAACUUACUUCACUCGCUUCACCGGUUUGAACUUCAAAUGUCGGACUUCUUUAAAAAUAAGAACUGGGAAAACCUAACGAUUUUUCAUCUGAAAGCAGUCGGAUAGAAUUUGAGCUACUCUAUGAAUGGAACUCACAGUGAAAUUACUGCGACGAAGGAGAGUUGUAUCGGCUGGAAAAGCUGAUUCGACAGGAUCUUGUGUGGGCAGUGAAGUAAAUCUCCGUUCAGUGUAGUUUUAUCACUCCACUAUUUGACUUUGAAUGCCUUAGUGGAUAAAUGUGCUCGCUACAUUCCAUGAGGGGUGGUAGAGACAACGUUCUAUAAACAUGUAACAACUUCAUCGGUGCGGUUAUGAGUUAAAUCCCGACCUGUCAAUCGAUGUCAAUUGCUUGAAUUGCGGGAAAGAGAAACUUGUCAGCAACCAAAAAAAUUUGGGCUUAGUAGCCUUACGUGCCUAAGGGCACAAAUACGAUUGACUGAAAGGCUCCAAAUCCAACUUUUUCAAUUGAAUCUUAUCAAGUAUAGCCCCAUCAAAAUGGUUUUUGCCCAUGAACUCUUUACAGUGAAUUACAUUUCAUAGGAAAAUCAUUUUGGAAAGCAAGACAAAAGGAUAACUUUUUUUACUUCUCUCUAUAAUAUGUGGCAAGCAGGUUGGAAGUUCAUUUUGAAAUGACAUUAUUUUUCUCCCAAAUUGAAUCCAUGGUUGCAUAUGCUUUCUGCUUACUUGUUGUUAAUCACAUGUUGCUAAAUGAUCAGAGUAAAUAAGAACAGUGACACCUGCUGGGUAGGGUUCUUUUUUUUGUUUGUUUGUAUGAAGGGAUACCAUGUUUUCAAUGAAUUAUAUCUAGGACAGUGUCUUUUGUUGAAAUAUAUUACUUUGAUAGCUUUGGUUUAAACAUUGAAAUGAUUAUGCAGUCUGAUCAAAAAUGCUUACAUUUUCAAACAGUAAUAAGCAUUUUUUUCUUCCCCUAAUGGCAGGGCAAGUGGUGGUACAAGCAAUGAUUCUUUAAAAGUUUCAAAAGUCACCCUUAUAGCAGAUGAGUGGCUGUCAAAAAAAGGAGGCCUUUCCACCAUCAAUAGGGAGCUAUCCAUACAACUAGCAAAGUUCCAACAUUUGGAAGUUUUUCUUUUCAUGAGUAAAUGCAAUGAAAAGGAGAAGGAACAGGCAGGGCAAUGGGACAUCAAACUCGUUGAGUCAGAGAGACCCAGUGAAGAGGAAUGGUGGAAGUAUCCUCCCAAAAACUUUCAAACAGACUUUGUCAUUGGACAUGGUUCCAAGCUUGGAAAACAAGCAGAGUUUAUAAGAGAGAACUAUGAAUGCAAGUGGGUACAAGUGGUACACACAGAGCCUGAAGAAUUGUCAAGUUUCAAGAGAUAUGCAGGGGCUGGAGCUAAAGGUGAAGAGAAGUCUGAUGAAGAAGUCAGGUUGUGUAGAAAGGCUGAUAUGGUAGUUGGAAUUGGUCCAAAACUGACAGAAGUGUACAAUGCCAAAUUGCGCCCCGGUUGCACAGUUUUUGAGCUUACCCCUGGGAUCUUCAAAGAAUUUUCCGAGGUUGAACAAGCGACAGAAGAAGGGGAGAAUUUUAGGGUGCUAAUCUUUGGUCGUGGAGACCCAGAAGAUACUUCCCUAAAAGGCUAUGACCUUGCCGCCAAGUCUAUCGCAAUAUUGCAUGAGAGUCAUCAAGAUAAGUCUUUCUUUCUAAUAUUCAUGGGUGUGCGGGAUCAGGAGCAUGAUCUGGUGAAAAAAACUUUACAUCAAGAAGGUAUCAACCUUACGCCAGGAAGAUUGGUGAUCAGAGCAUUUUGUGAAUCCAGAGAAAAGCUUUCUAAAACUUUUCAAGAGGCAGAUCUUGUUAUUAUGCCAUCAAGGUCAGAGGGCUUUGGGCUGUCAGCACUAGAGGCACUAUCUGCUGGCCUCCCAAUUCUUAUUAGCUGGAACACUGGACUUGCUCAAGCUCUGAAAAAGCUGCCAAAUGGAACCUUUUGUACAGUGAAGACUGAUGAACCCAGUGAUUGGGCCAAAGCAAUUAAAGAGGCAAGAGAGAAGGAAAGAGAGAUUAGACUUGAAGAAACAAGGCGACUGCGCCAUGACUAUAAAAAGAAAUAUUCCUGGGAGGCACAAUGUAAAAAGCUUGUGGAAGAAAUGCUUAAGUUGGGCAGACAUGGUAUGCUUAAAGUACUAUACAUGUACACUUAUCUUGAUUAACCAGUUACUUUAGUUUUCAACAGUGGUAUUUCUUUGUAAAAUUGCAUGCAAACCAACCCAGUUUAUUUAUCAUGGGGGUCAGGAGGCAUGGGAUGUUUAGGAUGUGUGGAUGUGUGCAAGCUUAAUUCCUGGAGCCAAAAAUGGAGAAAAAAAACUGCUAUAAUUAAUGUGUAGAGGUUUUCUGAAUUUUAUCAACAGUGCAAAAAGGAGGUAGAAAAAUGUUUUCACCUUGCUGUGCAGUUUUUACUAAGAACUGUCACUAUAAUAGAAUUCAAAAUCAAUUCCUUAAUAUAGGAGUUAUUGUGGACCUUGUGGAGGCCACUAAGUCUCAGCCUUAUAAAUAGUUGUGCCAAAAAAAUGAUAAAGAAAAUCAGUAAUAACAAUUUUUCAGACCUUGCAGAAGUCUCUACAAACCAACAUGUGAUCCUUGUACCUCACCAGGCUUCAUCUAAUCAUCUCCAAGGUACAUGUGAAAUAUGAUUUAAAACAUAACAUUAUGAAUGGCUAACACAGUACUGAUUGAGUUAAAGAGUCCUGGCAACUACAUGUAAAUUCACAAAGUCAUAAUAACGCAUUGAAAUCAGAUUCCGGAAAUUUUAGAAAAAUUAUUUUAGGAUGCAAAGAGUACAAAAUGCUAGAAGCAGCAUGAUAAACAAGAUACCAAUUACCUUUCCCCUACAUUCAAACCAGUUAUAACUACUUUCAUCAUUAUCAUAUGAGAAUAGAACAUCAUAAAACUUUAAAGUUACCAAACAUUCACACUUGAGAAUAAGGCAAAGAAAAAUCACAGAAAACUUUGAGUUGUUUUUAAGGCUUUUGUUUUUAAAAAUAAUUAGUGAACCAUGCGCAACAUCUCUGAAAUAUUACAUUACAUGCAGAAACAGGAGAGGAAAAGAGAGGUUCCAAGAGGGGAGAGGAAGAGCUGAGUAGACCUAACCCUCGUAAAUGUCACCAAGGUAACUUCAAAGCAAUCCUGCCUUUUCAAAUUAAUAACUGCAUGAGAAGCAGUGUGAUUCCACAAUGUAAAUGCAUCAUCCAAAAGCUGCAGCAUCUCUGAAGGAUUUGGAAAUUCCAGUGAUUGCUACACUCUAUGGGUUAGGUCCAACAUGAAACUCAAGCCUGCUUUUGAAACUUAAUCUGACUCAGGAAAGUCUUUGAAAUUUUGUAUUUAUCACAAAAUAUGAAUAAAGAACUUGUAUUUGAUAUUCAUGAAAGGUGUAAUAGGAUUUGUAUUGAACUCGGCAGCUUUCAUCCAAAUGUGUUCAGGUUUUGGUCACUGAAAAAGGUCACUAGAGGUUGUAUUAAGAGUAAGGGAUUUCUGUUGUAACAUUGUUCAUAAAUUAUAGGGAAAGGUAGUCAGAGGAAGUUGUGUGGUGCUCCAUGAAUUAAAAAGAAAUGUGCAAAAUUUUUCAGCUGCAAUGGUUGAAUGUUCUUACUUUAUCUUAACAGCUAUAUUACUGUUAAUUUACAGACGGUUAUUUUUUUGGUUAAGUUGGGUUAUUUGAAUUAUUAAUUAUUGGACUAUGUCAUUUGCUAUUAAUCUGAUACAUUUUUAAUUUCUUUUGAUCUAUCAGGAUAUUUUUUACCACAAUUGGCAGUAAUGUUGAAAUCUAAUCGGCCAAAUUGCUGUUGUACUGUCCAGAACACUUUUAGCACUGUGAUGACAAAUAUCAUCUUCAAUUAGAGAACAGACCAUGCUAAACUGCUGUUCAUAUGUUAAUUAGAUAAACUUGCUGCACAACGUACAACUGCAAAUUAGGAGCUGGGUUUGAAGUGCGAUGAGCUCCUUACUUAUUGAGGGCUAUUUUUAUUCCUUUACAGUUAUGUGUUGUGGUUUUAUCUGGGUAGUUACAAGGUUGAUAUGAGAUCCAGUCGCACAGUAACUUUGUCUGCUACUUAGUUGGGUUUCACAAAGCAUUAUAUUAUGGCCAAUCUGUCUUUACUGCCUACUCUAAUUUCAUGCAUUCUGGUAAAAACUGAUCACAACAAUUGUACAGAAAUCUUUAUUUUGACUCUCAGGUGGUGACAUGGAGAUUGACCUGCAGCCAACCACAAGUGGAUAUGGCAGUCCACAAUGUAAGACAUAUAAUCAGUCCAUGUUAGUGAUAUUUAACACAUUUUUAUUGACCUUUACCCUUAUGAUGUUCACUUUCCACUUACAUUUUUACCAACAUUUAUUAUGGCAGGGAUGUGUAUGCAAAAUGGUAGGGCUGUAAGAGCUUUGUAACUUGACGGCUUUAUGGAAUUAUGUAAUGAUAGAGAUUGUACCAAGGUUCAUUGUACUUUUGGUGGUCAAGGAAUUUCUUCACACUUGCCUCUAUGAGGUUAAUAUAAUGCCCUCUAGGUUUGGUGAACUUCACCAGUCAUAGAGUCGAGUAUUUUUCUUGCAAUAAAUAGGGUCUUUUUUAUCUUAUAUUUGUUCUUAUAUUUGAUUUAUUCGAAAUGAUGGGUUUAUUGUUUUUUACUUGUAGUGCAAUACAAAGUUGGUGUUCCUGGUGAUCGUGAAUUACUUGAUCUUUCAAUUGCUAUAGCACCCAAGUGGGAAAGAGUUGGUAUUCUCUUGGGGCUCUCAGACCAUGAAAUUGGUGACAUCAAGAUCAAUGAAAAGGACAAAGCCUAUCGGAUGCUGUUGGAUUGGAGGAAUACCACCACUUCCCUUUCUCAUUACCAAGAUUUGUACAGAGCUUUAUGUGAUAACAAGGUUCGACUGAAUAGUAUUGCAAAAACAUUUUGUUUGGUGAGAAUUUAGUUAGAAGUAAAAAAAUCUACACAGUCACUUGUAUUGUGGAAAUUUCUGUGAAUAUAACUUUGAUGACCUGCUUUUACAACUGUACCUAUUACAACUGUACUGAAUGAUUAAGGAAAAUGAAGCUGCGGAUACACUAAUGAUGUUUGAGGAAAUUGUAAUGGUUAUGAUUAAUUUUGUAAUAGUACUGUGUAACAAUAACUUCAUACUUCAAUCAAUCAAUUUAUGUAGUGAUGCAGGUUGCAAAAGUGGCAGCUAUGAGGCUGAUGUGAAGGGCAGGGCCUCUGUACUGUGCUGAUUCCUUUCCCACGUUGUACCUCACCCUAGGGAUUUCAAUCUGUAACUUAAUGUUUUUCCUAAACAAAUCUUGGUGUAAGGACAAUGUUUUUAUUUUUAUUUUUUUACUCUUAAUUAACUUAGCGCAGUUUUACGAUAGCUUUGUAGUAAGGUUAGAUGUAGAUUGAGGAAAUGAAGUUCAUCAAUCGUCAUGUCUGUGUGUAGGCUUUGUACGACCCUCUGCUCCCUUUUCCCUUAAAUGCCCCCCACCCUCCCAGGCAACCCACGGGCUUUUGACUGUCGUCCAUCUCCGGGGUUGGGGAAUUUGAACUGGAAAUUUCAAGUCAUUCCAACGGAAUACACAUGCUCUAUCUUUUGAUAUGGAGGAGUUAAAAAAUAAAGAGUUUACUUUUGCGAG